GUUUUUGGUUUGUGCGGGAGUGAAUGCGAGUGUGUCGUUCCCACGACCUCCUGUAUAAAAUGUCGAUCCACAUUUCUCGUCGGUAGUAGGUGUCCUCAGCAGGUCUUGCGUUACUUGCAAUCGUGGCGUAAUAUAAAACUUACCCUUUGUUACCAUCGUUGCCACUUGGUGCGAUGAAGCGCUUGUGCGUCUUUGCACUGGUUUCACGACGCCCGAGCAAUUUGAGCUCGUCUAGACUUCUCUGUACAGCAGCAAAGCCUGCUUCGGAAGAUGUGCCGCAUUCAAACCGGAAAGAUUCCGAAGACAAAAAACACGUGUAUAGCAAUUUGUACCCGUGGAAGUCGAAGGGCGAAUUUGUGCGAGAGUUAGCGGGCAGUAUAUUUUAUAACGAAGAUGGGCUUAUUGCGCUCAGCAAACCGUACGGAGUUCCUGUGACCUUCGAUUUCCGCAACGAAGGCCGAUACCAAAGUAUGCUCAAGCAACGCCUUCAUAUCUCAGGCCUCGGAGAGUCUCCUUACAGUCUAGAAGACGCCCUAGAAGGUUUAGCAGUCCACUUGAAUGUCGACCAAGUUAUUAUUGUCAAAUCAGCUGAAAGGUAUGCUAGUGGUGUCACCAUUCUGUCAUCCAAUGAGCGGGCUGCACAAAGCGUCCACAAAGCUGUGUUGCGAGUAAAGCCAAUGCAGAUACCAUACACCACUGCUUG